GAACGAAGGCAAGUAAGUACACAGAACGAUACUGAAACUGAAACUGAAACGGAAGAUACAAACCUGCUAGAUGUGAAGCAGAUUGUCUUCUUUUUAUUACCAAAGGUGGAAACUUUAGCUCGAUUUGUUUCCCUCUCAAUCUUCCCGUCUCUGUCUCCCUCUCCCUCUCAUUUCGGAAACCCUAAAAUCUGAACGGAGCGAUCUCGAAAAGCGAGCAAGCGAUCUCAAAGUCCGUAUCUUUCAGUGCAUGCGUGUGAUUUGGCUUCGAGGGUCUCUAAUAUUUAGUCCCUAUGGAAGGAACCUUCGGUAGCUACACUGAUAAGACACGAGUGCUGGAUAUCAAACCGUUACGCACUCUAAAACCUGUGUUCCCUAGUGGGAACCAAGCUCCUCCUUUUGUCUGCGCACCUCCUUUUGGCCCCUUCCCUCCUGGUUUCUCUUCUUUCUAUCCCUUUAGCUCCUCCUCUCAAUCACACACUCCAGAUCUCAACCAAGCUCAACAUCAGCACCAGCCUCAGAACAACAGAACAGAGCCUUCUUUGGUUACUCCUCUGAGAACAUUCAGGUCUCCUCCUCCUCCUCCUCCUGAACCAACAUCUAACGGUGGCGGCGAUGUUGCUGUGGAGACUGAGGGGAUAACAGUGAAGAGAAAGAUCCCUAGAAAGCGUACUCCCAUAGCUCAGAACCCGAAUUUCGAGAGUGGGAUCACCGUGGAUCAAAAAGAGAAUGGUGACAGGAAGCUGGUGACGAGUGUUCUCAUGCGGUUCGACGCUUUGAGAAGAAGGUUUUCACAGCUGGAAGAUGCUAAAGAAUCCGUCACCGGGAUCAUCAAACGCCCUGAUCUGAAAGCGGGGUCUACUUGUAUGAGCAGAGGUGUUAGAACAAACACCAAGAAGAGAACAGGUGUUGUCUCGGGUCUUGAGAUCGGUGACGUGUUCUUCUUCAGGUUCGAGAUGUGUUUGGUCGGGUUGCAUUCUCCAUCGAUGGCUGGGAUUGACUAUCUCGUUGUCAAGGGAGGAGGAGGAGGAGAAGAAGCAGAAGAAGAGCCUAUCGCCACUAGCAUUGUGUCUUCUGGCUAUUAUGAUAACGAGGAAGGUGAUCCUGAUGUGUUGGUUUAUACCGGUCAGGGAGGUAACGCUGAUAAAGAUAAACAAUCAUCUGACCAGAAGCUGGAGAGAGGUAACCUCGCGUUGGAGAAGAGUCUUGUUAGGCAUAGUCCUGUUAGGGUGAUAAGAGGGUUGAAAGAGGCUUCUCAGAGCGCUAAGAUUUAUAUCUACGAUGGUCUCUAUGAUGUCAAAGAGUCAUGGGUGGAGAAAGGGAAGUCAGGACACAACACUUUCAAGUAUAAACUAGUGAGAGCUCCUGGUCAGCCUCCUGCCUUUGCUUCGUGGACUGAGAUACAGAAGUGGAAGAAAGGUUUGCCUUCGAGGGGAGGACUCAUCCUCACCGAUCUCACUUCAGGAGUUGAAAGCGUUGGCGUCUCGCUUGUGAACGAAGUUGAUGCGGAGAAUGGACCUCCUUAUUUCACCUACUCCACGACUGUGAGCUACUCGGAGUCCUCGUUUAAGCUGACGCAGCCUUCUUACGGAUGCGAGUGUGGCGGCUCUUGCAAGCCGGGGAACUUGAACUGUCACUGCAUAAGGAAAAACGGAGGUGACUUCCCUUACUCGGGUAAUGGGGUUCUUGUCAGCAGGAAGCCUAUGGUACAUGAAUGCAGCCCAGCUUGUCUCUGCCCGGGCUGCAAGAACAAGGUGACUCAAAUGGGAGUGAAGCUGAAGCUGGAAGUUUUCAAGACGGUGAACAGAGGAUGGGGCUUGCGGUCUUGGGAUCCAAUCCGUGCUGGUUCGUUUAUAUGUAUAUACGCAGGUGAGGCCAGAGAUAAAUCUAAGCUGCAGCAGCAAACGAUGGCUAAUGAUGAUUAUACUUUCGAUACAACACGUGUCUACACCCCUUUUAGAUGGAACUACGAGCCUGCGUUAGCGGACGAAGAUGCUUCCGAGGAGAUGUCUGAAGAGCCUGAACUCCCGCUGCCUCUUGUAGUCAGUGCUAAGAACGUUGGCAACGUUGCAAGAUUCAUGAACCAUAGUUGCUCACCUAAUGUUUUCUGGCAGCCGGUUAGUUAUGAGAAUAACGGUCAGCUCUUCUUGCAUGUCGCCUUCUUUGCUAUUUCUCACAUCCCUCCCAUGACUGAGUUGACUUAUGACUAUGGAGUUACUCGAACUAGUGGAAGUCAAGUUGGCAAUACUUUAUGUGGCAAGAAGAAGUGCUUUUGCGGAUCAGAGUUUUGCCGUGGUUCAUUUGGUUGAUGAUGAUGGCGAGAUGAGUGGUCUCUGAUGGUUUUUCGGAUGGGAAAGCAGUGAAUGUGUGCUCUUGGUGGCAACUAAAGUGUUUCUGAUCUUUCUCUUCAACGGCAUAAGAUGCAAGGUGUGACUGAGAUUUUCUCUGCUUCUCCAUCAUAGCCUUGUCUGUUUCUCAGAUUGUGGAAGAUGUGAUUCUCAUGUUUGUGGUCCUGUUGGAUUAUGUAAUCUUAUUAGUGUUCAGAUUGUUUUUCAGGACAAAACCUGUUGAAACUUUAUCUUGUUUCUUGAUACAAGAUUUUAUAUGGAUGGCACUAGUCAAUCACUUCUUAUCUUA